AUGAGAGGCCAGUUUGCUGAAUCUUUGCUUCUACUUUGCCUCCUAUGUGCAGCAACCACACUUUGUUUGGGUUUGAAUAAGCUUAAUUCACAAGUCAGAUGCAUAGAGAAUGAAAGACAAGCAUCCCUCAAAUUCAAACAGGACCUUCAAGAUGAUUACAGUCUGCUGUCUUCUUGGGGCAGUCAUGAGGAAGAUUGUUGCAAAUGGAAAGGAAUUGAAUACAGCAACCAAACAGGUCAUGUUGUCACGCUUGAUCUCCAGUCAUCAAAGGGGGCCUUGGAAACAUUUGAAUUUCUAUCAGACAUGAGUUUAGUGAACCUGAGCAAGGCUAUUAAUUGGAUGGAUAAGCUGAACAAGCUCCCUUCUUUAUUACACUUAAGUCUAAGUGAUUGUGAACUCUCCAUGUCGGUUCUUCCUGUGCUUUCCAAUGCUAAUUCUUCUUCACCACUUUCAUUCCUUAGUCUCUUUGGGAAUAAUCUCAACUCCUCAGUAUGCCCUUGGCUAUACAGAUACACCAAUAGUCUUGUUGUUCUUGACAUCUCUGGUAACAACUUAGAAGGUCUUAUUCCAAAAAAUUUUGGGAAUAUGGUAGCCCUUGUUUGUCUUGACCUCUCUUAA